CUCAAGUCGUUGCAUCCGUGUGUCCCUCUCCUCAAUUCACUCCACUACACCGUACGAUGCCGGGCCUCAAAGGAAACAGCCACGCAGAAGAUGCUGCCGCGAUUACAACUGCAAUCACCGCUAUCUACAACAAGAUUUCCCUUCUCCGAGACCUCAAUCCCCGAGAUGAAGUCAACUCGCUGUUCAGCGAGCUCGUAUCUAUCUGCAUCCGGCCUUACCACCCCACCGUCGCCUCUAGCGUACUCUCCUCCCUCAUCUCUGACGCUCCACACAUCCGCCAGCUCUGCUCUUCCGCCGAAGGUGCCCUAGAGCGGCAUUGGGCCAAGCGAAUGCUUCGCUUCGACGAGAAAUUAGAGCCUAAGCCGCUGCGCUGCUUCCCCUACUACUCCAACUACGUCGACCUCUGCAAUCUCGAGUGCAGCACUAUUACCGCUGUCACAAAUCAUGCGCCAAAACACAUCGCUUUCAUCGGCUCGGGACCACUGCCGCUGACUUCGUUCUGCGUGGCCGACCGCUUUCCACACGCUAGGAUCCACAACGUCGAUAGAGAUGCGGGUGCUAUUGCCCUGUCAGAAGAGCUGGCGAAGAGGCACGGGUACGGGAAGAUGACGUUUGCGCACGAGGAGGCGGCCGAUUGCGGCAAGUUAUGGGACUUCGACGUUGUCUAUGUGGCUGCGUUGGUCGGAAUGUCUGCGGAGGGGAAGGCGGUGAUAUUGGGUGGGGUAGCAAGACGGAUGCGGAAAGGGGCACUACUGUGUGUGAGGAGUGCGCACUCGCUGAGAGCGUUGUUGUAUCCGGUCGUCGCGCCAGAGACAUUGGUGGAAACAGGGCUGCUGGAGCUGGUAGUCGAAGUCCACCCGUGGAAUCACGUCGUCAAUUCUAUCCUCUUGCUGCGAGUCUUGUAAGGGGAGCAUUGGAAGCGAGCUUGUAGGAAGUAUAGAGAAAGACUGGUGGCUGAAAGCCCCUGGAUACAGUCGCGUGGGCGGACCCUCGAGUCAUAUGUCGUUUAGAAGAGCGGCCAAUUAAAAGCGUUUAAAAGUAGAUCGAGUUCUGCUUUGGAAAUAUAUAUAUCCGCUCAUUCAGGUUCAGCAGAACGUAUCACCGUGUUGCUGUAAGCUUACUCCCUAAGGAGCGGAUCGCUUGGGCCCUGGACCUUGGUAUGUCGAGACCACUAGCAUUUCAUGUACUUAGCAUACUGAAGAUCUCGUAAGCAGUGCAGCAAAUAUCUGGACUCAUGUAAAUGUAAAAUUUGCUACAGC